CCGCCUCGCCGUGCGGGGCCCGGGGCCCGGCCCGCCCCUUCCGCGCUGCCGCCAUGGCGGAGCCGCCGGGGCCCUUUUGCGUUCUGCGGGCCGGGCCGGGUCGGUACCUCUGCUACUGCUGCCCCGCGGCCGGCCCCGGCUCUGCCGGCACCGCCUAUGUGACCGACGCGCUGGAGGUCUGGGCCGGGGAGCUCGGCGCCCUCCCGCCGCAGGGCCGCGCGCCGCAGGGCGGGACGUGCCUGCCGGAGGACGGCGUCGCGAAGCUCAGGGCAGCCCUGCGGCGCGGGGCCGUCUCCCUGAGCCUGCAGGAUGGCAGGGCCACGCUGCAGCUGCAAGGGGAGGCCAGGCACGCAACCCUUCAUCUCUGCAAGCUUCCUGUUGCUGAGGCGAGGACCCAGCUCCAAGCGCUGAUGUUUGGCUUGGCGACUUGCGUCAAGAACCUAGAAGAACAUCUCGAAGCAGUGGUGGGCACACUGGGGUCUUCCUGCAGCCCUGAGAAGAAUGCUGCCCAGAGCCAGCAGCUCUUCCUGCCAGACCCCAGCCCCAGGAAGAACAGGGGCACUGGCUCAGCUUUGGCAGCUAAGCGGAAGAUCCCAGGAGAGUCUCUCAUUAAUCCUGGUUUCAAAAGCAAGAAGGCACCGUCUGGAGUGGACUUUGAAGACUCAUGACCUGUGCUGUCCCGUCCCCCCGAUGACAGCAUUUUCAACCAUGUGUGGUUGAUAGAGGAUUUACUGCCCCCUGGCCCUGCCAGGCUCCUUGCUGCAGGUGUGGCUCAUGGUCAACAAGGGCGAUGGAUGGGGCAAGCAGGACCCAGAGACCUGGAGGCAGUGCCUGGCAGGCCUGAGGGGGCAGCAGAUCCUCAGCUGGUGCUGUGGCAGGGCCUUGGGGGGAAGGGGGUAGACAGGGCAGGGGUGACAAAGCGGAGGCUUUUUUCCCUGCAGCUUCUCCCUGCUGAAAGGGGCCACCCCUUUACUCCACUUGCCAUUAAUUGGUGUUUUUUUAAAAAAUAACUUUGAAAGAUAUAUUUUUUGUAAAGGUCGCCUGUGCUUAAGUUAUUGCCAGUAAAGCUGUUUUUAGCCAGCUGGUCUCUGGGGGCUUGUCCAGAG